UAAGUCGGACUCCGAGGAGCCAGGAAGUAACUGUGAGCCAUGCAGCUCAUGAGACGGAUAAAGCAGAGCGAGCGAGCGUCUGUUGUCAGCAGUCGGAGAUCACACGCGCGAGAGUGAGGAAGAACAACAGGCAACUGCAAAUUAGUGCCAAAUCUAUUGCAGUGGGGCUCAGCGACCCCACAGGAGGCGAAAUCCGAGGGAGAAGAGGGAGCUUUUGUAUUUACAAGAACACAAAUAUACCACUCUCAGAGUCAGCUCACUGCAACACACUCCAUCACAAGAAGAAAAAGACGGAAGCAAAUAAGAGCGGGACUGGAGAGUUUCAAGGCAACGCUUCUCUCUUUGCAACUUUAGACAGAUACAAAAUAAAAAAAUUGAUCAAAUCGCGUUCAAGAUGCCUCGGGUGGUCCCGGAUCAGAGGAGCAAGUUCGAGAACGAGGAGUUCUUCAGGAAACUCAGCCGCGAAUGCGAGAUUAAAUACACCGGUUUCCGAGACCGACCGCAUGAGGAGAGGCAAGCCCGCUUUCAGAACGCGUGCCGUGACGGCCGCUCAGAGAUAGCUUUUGUGGCAACCGGCACCAACCUCUCGCUGCAGUUCUUCCCAGCCAACCUUCAUGGGGAUCAGCGGCAGGCACCCACCCGAGAAUAUGUGGACUUCGAGCGGGAGACGGGAAAGGUAUACCUGAAGGCUCCUAUGAUCCUGAAUGGAGUGUGUGUGAUCUGGAGAGGCUGGAUUGAUCUUCAACGUCUUGAUGGGAUGGGUUGUCUGGAGUAUGAUGAUGAGAGGGCACAGCAUGAAGAUGCUCUAGCCCAGGCAGCCUUUGAGGAGGCCCGAAGAAGGACCCGUGACUUUGAAGACAGGGAUCGUUCACACCGUGAGGACUUGGAGGACCCUGUGGCAUCAAAAAUCUGGGACUGAUGGCCUUCAACGACCAGGCCCAGGCGACAGCAGGACCCCAGCCCUGGCUCAAACAUGGCCAACACUGACGAUCACAAGAUGCGCUAGCGGCAUUUACCAAAGCGGGCAGGGAUAGUGUCAUAAGACCUCCAUCACCACGGCAAUCUCAUCUCCUGAUGCCUCGUUUUUCACAGGACAGACCAAAGUCCACUCCGGUGGGGAUUUUCGGGUGGGAUGUCUGGGUUAGGCAGGGGUAACAGUGGUCCCUCUUUUAGCCUGGUGAAGGGGCUGGGUGGGUUGGGCUGGGCAUUGAUGUGAGUCAAAGAUUAAUUUGCUUUUGAUUUAGUCCCUUGUUUCUUCUUGGGAUGUUUGCACUAUGUGAUACAUUCAGUUUAAGUCCCCAUAUGGCCUUUUGGUAUGCAUGGUUUUCCUACCUGCCUAUGUUUGCUCUUGUCCCCCCUAUGCAAGGCAUCUUAUUUUAUUGUUUAGCCCUAUUGUAAUGAACAGGCAUUUUUGAAUUAUUUUAUUCAGAUGUUGUGUGAAAGUCAGGAUGUUUACCUUUUUGUAUUUGAAUUUUCUCUCUCUAUAUAUAACUGUCUGUCCUUGUGCUUCCGUAGAAUAAACUACAGCAGUAAACAUUGCUAGGUAGAUUUGUGCUGUAGAGUAGAACAUGUUUUUUGAUGUCUAAAAACUUUUUAGUAAAAGAAAAAUCUAGAAAGAGGCUGCUGAUGUUGUGGAUAAGGAGGUCUUUUUGUAUACCAUCCUUCUCCAUGUUCUCUGUCUUCCACUCUCUUCCUGUUACAAGCAGUUUAAACAUGCUUUAAAAGUGAACCAAGCAACAGGAAGUGAAUUUUGAGGUCAGUGUUAUUCUGAGCGGAAUGAGGCAGAGAUUCAGUUUUCACCCUACAUUUUAGCUUGUUUCAGUCACUCUGCUUUUUCUUUCAUUAAUGUUUUUCUUGUUUAAGUUGUCUUCAUGUCUUGGCAGAAAUGUAGGCAGGCUUUUCACAGUGUUUUGCUGCAUAUUCUGUUCACUUUGGAGUUUCCUAAAUGAAUACUUUUUCAAUCAUUUAAAUGAAUUCUCUAAAAUGGAGAAAGUUUUGCUUUGCCAAAUAUCACAUUUUUUGCCACCCACAUAUUUUACCUACUUUUCUGUGUUUGGGAUUUCAAUUAGAUUUCAACAUUGACUCCCUAAAGCAAAAAAAAAAAAAAAAAAAACAGGUUAAUGUAUGCAGUUUUUUGUCAUUUCAAACAAAGCAAUUUAUUAAUAUAAACCAGGUAUGACUUAAAUAAAUGGAAGUUUUAAACAAUUUCCACUCAGAAGUGAGACCCAAAGAAUAAAUACCAUAAUAAAUGACAGUAAUGUUUAUAAAACGUACUGUAAGUCCUUUCUGGACAGAUUUAAAAUGAUUUUAUGUUUAACAUCUGUCAUUGUAAUUUGCAAGUGCUUAUGUCUUGAUGAGAUGCUCAUAUACAGGUUUUUAGGGCAUGUACAACUCUGUCAGUGUUUUAGGAUGGUAAGACAGAACAUUUUGUUGAGAGAAAAUUGCUGAUAAACAGAAAUAUGUUUGGGGAAGGAAUGAGGAUAGAAAUCAAUUGCUAGAAAAAUUCACUCUGUGUACAAACAUAAAGCUCAUAAAUGAAUGACAUCAUAACAAUACACCAUAAAUGGUAGCAAAAUGGUAAGACCUGUAUAAAUUGGUCUCUUACGAAUUUCAUUUUGAACACAGUCAAUGUUUAGCAUAAUUUCCUCAUCUCGUUGAUUUGUUGUUUAUACCACAGCCAAUAACAAGAAUUUAAGGGCCAAGUUUGUUUUUAUUUUGAGAUGCUGCAGUCAGAAGGUAUGGCCUACCUCUAGCUUAAACCAAAUAUACACAAAUGUACACAAAAGAGAGCUUAUUUAUAGAAAGCAAGUUCAAGUUGUCUGAGAAUUGAGGAAAAACGAUUCUUGGUUUCGUUGAAUGUCAAAGCUUUAUAUAGUUGGAAUGGGAAUUUAUACCACCCAAUGGUCAGAGACCGUGUACAAGGAGGUUAUUGGGGUCUGGAUAUAUUGAAGAUGUUAGAGAACGAGAACUUGACCAAACCAGAGUCAACAAAACAGUCUUUAAUUAUUCUGUGUACAUUCUCCCUGCAGAGCUCCCCUCCCCUUUCUAGGUGUGUCUUAUGCUGUGUAUCAAAGAAAUACCCUUGCUGGCCCCCAUUAGUAUUUUUUUCUUCUUCUCACCCCAUUACUUAAUGCUGGCAUUAAGGCAAAAUACACACCAGGACAGGUAGAGAAUGGCUCUUUUUUGUUUGUUUUUUAAAUGGAUGAAUAAAUAAAAUGUUUAUUUUCUUAAUUGUUUUUAAGUUAUUGAUGCAGGUAUACCUUUCUUUUAUCAGGUUCCACUAUGAUGAAAUGUGCAUUUCUGUAUUGAUAUUGCUUGCUUUUUCUCCUUGGCUCCCUAAGGUCUUUGGUUUUAGCCUUUAUUAUUGUUAUUAUUUGUUUUCUCUCUGUUUUUAAUUUUAAGUGAGGAGGAAAUAAACUUGUUACAAACCA